AUGCAUAUGGUGUUAAAACACCAAAUUAAAACAACCCAUUUCUUACUUUCACGUGCAUUAUCAACCCUGCUCAACCCCAUUUCAUUCUUAGACAACAAUUUCAGCUCAUUAAAUAACGUUUCAACCAUUAAGAAUCACGAAGAUCAUGAUUCAAAAUCAUUUGAUUUGCCUCUUGUGGUUCAGUUACAGCAUAAUUCACACAUUCUUAAUAAGCUUAUAUCCUCAUGUGCGAGUUCAAGAUCACUCCAUUUAGGUAUUCAAGUUCAUUCAUUUGUUUUAAAAUUGGGUUUUUCUUCAAAUGUGUACAUCAAUACCGCUCUUGUAGAUAUGUAUGGUAUAUGUAGUGCAAUAUAUGAUGCACAGAAGGUGUUUGAUGAAAUGCCUCUAAGAAAUGUGAUUACUUGGAACUCAUUAAUGUCGGGAUAUCUUCGUGCCCGGUGUAUGGAUGUUUUGAUCAGGUUGUAUGUGGGAAUGUAUAUGUUAGGGAUAUCUCCGAGUCAUUCUACCUUUUCGACUGUUUUGGUUGGCUGUUCGGAGUUGAAGGCAGUAGGAUUAGGGGAACAAUUGCACUGCUUAUGUAUAAAAUUUGGGUUUCUUUCGAAUGUUGUGGUGGGUACCGCAUUGCUUGAGAUGUACUGGAAAUGUUCUAAUGUUGACGAUUCGUGUAGAGUAUUUGAUGAUUUGCCUAAUAAAAACGUUGUUACUUGGACCUCCAUGAUCAAUGGUUAUACACGAAAUAAACAAACCGAUAAUGCAAUGCGAAUGAUUAGGAAAAUGAUGGGUUUGGGUCGUAAAGUGGACCGCAUAACGUAUAAUACUUUAUUGAUUUCGUUUUGUGACCCGAAGGAUAUGAUCCAUUGUGAACAGAUACAUUGCUGUGUUAUAAAAGAAGGCUUAGAAUCGGAUAUGUAUUUAGCGGUUACUUUAGUGACUGUUUAUUCACAAUGUGGUAGUAGCAUUGAAGACUUUUACAAGAUUUGUUCAACUUGUUGGUUCAGUUCUAACAAUAUAUCGUGUAACGCCAUCAUUGCUGGUUUUGUAAAUUUGGGAAAUGGCGACGAAGCCCUUAAUUUGUUUAUGGAGAUGAGGCAGGCGGGUAUUAAUAUCGACUUCUUUACAAUUGCAAGCAUUUUAAAAGUUAUAGGAGUUAUGUCGCGUCUUGAAGAGGGUACACAAAUUUAUGCUCUUAUUAUUAAGUCGGCUCAUGAUUCGAGUAUGAACAUAGAAAACGGGCUUAUUUCAAUGUAUGCAAGAUGUGGUAAAAUUAACGAAGCAAAAUGUAUAUUCUCGUCAAUGGUUGACCAUGAUACGAUAUCCUGGAAUUCACUUCUAUCAGGAUAUGCUCAACACGGGUAUGCUAAAGAAGCUAUUGAAACGUUUGACCAAAUGACAGCGAACAAAGUCAAAGUCAAACCCGACUUGACCUCGUUUCUUAUAGUAAUUUCUGCUUGUAGUCAUGUAGGAUGGCUAGAUAAGGGGCUAGAAUGUUUCGAGUUAAUGAAAAACGAAAGUUCUCUUGAGCCAUUGAAAGCCGAACAUUAUGCUUGCGUUGUGGAUCUUUAUGCUAGAGCUGGUUAUCUAAAUGAAGCAGAAGAGUUUAUUAAUGGCAUGCCGAUAGAAGGGGGACCCGAAGUUUAUCGAGCUCUGUUAAGCGGCUGUAGACUUCAUGAAAAUAAGGAAAUUGGUGUCCGUUUGGCAAGAAAAUUUGUGGGUCAUUUUCCUGAUGAACCUGCAGCUUACGUGCUGUUAUCAUAUAUUUUGGCCACUGAUGGUUACCGCGAUGAUUCUUGUGGAGUACAUAAUCUCAUGUGUGGUAAAGGAAUUCGGAAAAAACCAGGCUGUAGCUGGAUAUAA